UGAAAAAAAAAAGAGAGAGAGAGAAAAGAAUCAAUAGGCGGUGCACGGUAUUAUAGUUAUACAACACUGCCAAACCCAACCCAACUCACCCAAAAAAAAAAAAAAAAAAAACUCAUCGCCAAACACAAAACAUUGCCCACCACUCAUUUCUCACCAAAAACCAAAACGCUCUCUGAUCUCUUAGGUCUUGUUUGUUUCAUGCGAAAAUAAAUGGGUUGAAGAAGAAUAAGAAGAAGAAGAAGAAGAAUCGAUGGAGUGGGAUAGCAGUAACAACUCAUCGGAUCUGAGCGGAGACGAAGAAGACGAGGUCGGGUUCUUCAAGCUUAACGAUGGGGGUCCACUGCCUUUUCCGGUUGGGAACCUCCUCCAAACGGCGCCGUGUGGGUUCGUCGUCACCGACGCUCUCGAGCCCGACCACCCUAUCAUCUACGUCAACACCGUCUUCGAAUUGGUCACCGGCUAUCGCGCCGAGGAGGUCCUCGGCCGCAAUUGCCGUUUCUUGCAAUGUAGAGGCCCGUUUGCAAAAAGAAGACACCCAUUGGUGGACUCUGCGGUAGUUUCAGAAAUUAGGAGAUGUAUUGAUGAGGGAAUUGAAUUUCAAGGUGAGUUGUUGAACUUCAGGAAAGAUGGAUCUCCACUAAUGAAUAGAUUACGGCUGACACCUAUAUGUGGAGAUGAUGAAACAAUUACUCACGUAAUUGGAAUCCAGUUCUUCACCGAAGCAGAUAUUGAUUUGGGUCCUGUUCCUGGUUCUUUGAUAAAGGAAUCUACUAAGUCUUCUGAUCGGUUCCGUUCUGUUCUGUCAGCUAUCCGCCCUGUUCCUGUGAGUGACCGAAAUGUUUGUCGUGGGGUUUGUGGGAUAUUGCAGUUGAGUGAUGAGGUGCUGUCUCUGAAGAUUCUUUCACGUUUGUCACCUAGGGAUAUUGCAUCUGUUGGAUCUGUCUCUAGGCGACUGUAUGAGCUGACAAAGAAUGAGGACCUUUGGAGAAUGGUCUGCCAAAAUGCAUGGGGUAGCGAAACAACUCGUGUUUUAGAGACUGUACCCGGAGCAAAGAGACUAGGUUGGGGUCGACUGGCAAGGGAAUUGACCACUCUUGAGGCAGCAGCAUGGAGGAAACUGACUGUUGGAGGUGCUGUUGAACCCUCACGUUGUAAUUUCAGUGCUUGUGCAGUUGGUAAUCGUGUUGUCCUUUUUGGUGGGGAAGGAGUCAACAUGCAACCGAUGAAUGACACUUUUGUAUUGGAUUUGAAUGCCAGUAAUCCAGAAUGGCAACAUGUCCAAGUGAGCUCCCCUCCUCCUGGUCGUUGGGGUCAUACACUUUCUUGUGUAAAUGGGUCUCAUUUGGUGGUAUUUGGAGGCUGUGGAAGGCAAGGUUUGCUCAAUGAUGUUUUUGUGCUGGAUUUGGAUGCCAAGCCACCAACCUGGAGUGAAAUAUCUGGAUUGGCCCCUCCACUUCCAAGAUCAUGGCAUAGUUCCUGCACCCUAGAUGGCACCAAGUUAAUUGUUUCUGGUGGUUGUGCUGAUUCUGGAGUGCUCCUUAGUGAUACAUUUCUGCUUGAUCUUUCAAUGGAGAAACCUAUUUGGAGGGAGAUACCAGUAACAUGGACCCCACCUUCUCGAUUAGGUCACACACUGUCUGUAUACGGUGGUCGGAAAAUAUUGAUGUUUGGGGGUCUGGCCAAGAGUGGGCCUCUUCGUUUUCGUUCCAGUGAUGUGUUUACAAUGGAUCUAAGUGAGGAGGAACCUUGUUGGAGAUGUGUAACUGGGAGUGGAAUGCCUGGGGCUGGAAAUCCAGGGGGCAUAGCUCCUCCACCAAGACUUGAUCAUGUGGCUGUGAGUCUCCCAGGUGGCAGAAUCCUGAUCUUUGGUGGGUCUGUGGCUGGUCUCCACUCUGCCUCACAGCUUUAUCUCCUGGACCCAACAGAUGAGAAGCCUACAUGGAGGAUAUUAAAUGUACCUGGGCGACCUCCGAGAUUUGCUUGGGGUCAUAGUACUUGUGUUGUUGGGGGCACAAGGGCUAUUGUUCUUGGUGGUCAAACUGGAGAGGAGUGGAUGCUGAGUGAGCUCCAUGAGCUAUCACUGGCAAGUUCUGUCAUCUGAUCUGGACAAUAAUAAGCUGUUGAAAAGGGGCACUAGGAGCCCUCUACUGCAAGAUGUGAAAACAUUCCAAGGAAUCAGUCUGCACAGUAUGUUGUUUUGGUCGCUAAUAACUCUUGAUAAAAACGUUGCUCUAGUCAGGACUCGUCUUUAGGUGGUUGUUCAUAAUGCAUUUUCUUGUGUGGGGUUGUUCUGGCUUGGGAUAAACUAAUGAGUUUCGAUGGUGACUUGAGAACGUGUUUCUUCUUGUGAGGUUUGUGUGAGACUUUCCUCUUUAGCAUGCACAAUGAAUUAUUCUUCUUUUUAGGUUAUUAGUAGUAUUUGGUAGACAGGUAGGUUUUAUAUAUGUAGGUUUAGUAUCUUGUUCCACCCACGUGUUGCUUUAGUUUGGGUUCUGUAAUCUGGUGCAAAAAAAAAGGAGAAAGGUGCAUGUUUAUAGUAUCAGUACUGCUUUACUCUCUUAUAUGUAAUGAAAACUCUGUUCUGCUCUGCUCACUGAAA